CCGCCGCGCAUCCUCGGCCCGCGCCCAGCCCCGCGCCCCGCUCCGCGCCCGUUUGCGCCCCGCUCCCGCGGUGGGUGGCGCGGCCAUGAGGCUGCGGGCGCGCGGCCCCCGGGACGCCCCCGCCUCCGGUUUCGCCUCCAGCGCGGGGGCCGGCGACGCGCGGCGGCUAGCGCCCCCGGGGAGGAACCCUUUCGUGCACGAGCUGCGCCUCGGCGCCCUGCGGAAGGCCCAGGUUGCAGUCCUGACAGUGACGCUGUUCCCCAUCCGGCUGCUGUUUGCUACCUUUAUGAUGCUGCUCGCCUGGCCCCUGGCGUUCCUUGCUUCACUGGGAUCCGAUGAGCGGGAACCCGAGCAACCUCUGGCCUUGUGGCGGAAGGUGGUGGACUUCCUGCUCAAGGCCAUCAUGCGCAUCAUGUGGUUCGCCGGCGGCUUCCACUGGGUGGCUGUGAAGGGCCGGCAGGCCCUGCCCACCGAGGCCACCAUCCUCACCCUGGCACCACACUCCUCCUACUUCGAUGCCAUCCCCGUCACCAUGACGAUGUCGUCCAUCGUGAUGAAGGCAGAAAGCAGAGACAUCCCGAUAUGGGGAACUCUGAUAAAGUACAUACGGCCAGUGUUCGUGUCCCGAUCAGACCAAGCCUCCCGCAGGAAGACGGUGGAGGAGAUCAGAAGACGGGCCCAGUCAAAUGGAAAGUGGCCACAGAUAAUGAUCUUUCCAGAAGGAACGUGCACCAAUAGGACGUGCCUGAUCACCUUCAAGCCUGGGGCAUUCAUCCCGGGAGUCCCUGUCCAGCCUGUGGUGCUGCGGUACCCAAACAAGCUGGACACUAUCACGUGGACGUGGCAGGGACCUGGAGCACUGGAGAUCCUGUGGCUCACGCUGUGUCAGUUUCACAAUCAAGUGGAAAUUGAGUUCCUGCCCGUGUACAGCCCUUCCGAGGAGGAGAGGAAGGACCCUGCGCUGUACGCCAGCAACGUGCGGCGCGUGAUGGCCGACGCCCUAGGUGUCUCUAUAACCGACUACACAUUUGAGGACUGCCAGCUGGCCCUGGCAGAAGGACAGCUUCGUCUCCCCACGGACACCUGCCUUCUAGAAUUUGCCAGGCUGGUGAGGGGCCUGGGUCUAAAACCAGAAAAACUUAAAAAAGAUCUGGACAAAUACUCAGAAAGUGCUAGACGGAAGAACGGGGAUGCCAUCGACCUCCCGGAGUUCGCGGCCUACCUGGAAGUCCCCCUUUCAGACACACUGGGAGACAUGUUCUCCCUGUUCGAUGAGAGCGGAGGUGGCAGGAUAGACCUGCGGGAGUAUGUCGUGGCCUUGUCUGUCGUCUGCCGGCCGGCCCGGACUCUAGACACCGUCCAGCUGGCGUUCAAGAUGUAUGGGUCUCAGGAGGACAGCAGCAUCGAUGAGGGUGCCCUGUCCAGCAUCCUCAAGACUGCCCUAGGGGUGGCAGAACUUCCCGUGACUGACCUCUUCAAGGUGAUCGACCAGGAGGAGAAGGGGAGGAUCACAUUUGCCGACUUCGACAGGUUUGUGGAAAUGUGCCCCAACUUCGCAGAGGAGUAUCUGUACCCCCACCACACACGCUCUGAGAGCUGCGCACAGAUUCCCCCAGCUCCGAGCCCCAACGGCUUCUGUGCUGACUUCAGCCCUGAGAAUCCAGACACCGUGAGGAAGCCUUUUUGCAAGAAACUGGACUAGAACGGAAGGUCCCAGGGAGCGGAGGCCCCUACCGGCUCUGGGGCCUCCCCGCGCCGAGUCUGUUGCUGGGACCGUGUCUGGCCAUGCGCCCCCGUGGGCUGUUGUUUGCCAUCCCAGGCCGUAGGCUAAGACACCUGGACAGCUCCUCACCGCCCCUGUGUGAGGAGCCCAGCGUGGGGGGCACCCUGUGCGGAGCGCCUGGAGUGGCACCCGUGGGCCCACCCCAUGCCUGGCCUCCCCAUGGCCGGUUCUGAGGAGCGGCCUGCCACCCAGAGCCUGGGUGGGUGCCAGGCACUGCUUUGUUUUCACCCAGAGAAUCUUGAUUUUGAGUUUCCAUUACAGUUUUUCUUGACAUCCCCCUUGUGGUCAGUUCUCGGCACCUCACGGUGGGGGGCGUCCGCGUGACAAAUGGGCGUGUCGUCUGCCUUGAUCACAGCACAGAGCCACUGCCGACCUCAGGUCACAGCCUGGCAGAGCCGUGACUUUUAAAUGUUUCUAUAUUUGUGGGAAUUCAUGAGUAUUUUAUAAACUUCAUUUAGAUACUUCAGGAAACAUUCAGCAUUUUUUUAAGAAAAAGAAAAUCGUUUUCUACUUCAGUUUUCCUUUGAGGGUCAGAGGAUAUUUAUUUAUAGGCCCUUUUUUUUGAUAGACUGAGGCUGUUUGGGGCUUUAACUUAAAUUUCUCCCCAGCCUCUCCCUACUAGGCCUUCUCCUGUUUGGGCCCAUCACAAGCACACAGCCCAGAACCACUUUUUCUGCUUCCUUAAUGCUUUUCAAAUCCUGCUCUCUUUUUUAUAAGCAUUACCAGCUUCGUAUUUCUGUUGAAUGUGACACGGUCUACUUCACUGUAGCAUAAACGCCAACUGAAGCGCCGAAGGCCGGUGGGGUGGGCUGGGUGGUGGCAGCCUGCAAGCCCCUGGCCUCUUGCUGAGCGUUUGCUCCUGCGCCUCGAGCAGGCUGCAGAACUCAGAGCAGGCAGGUCCUGGUGGAGGCCGCUGCCCGCUCCGUGCGCCGAGGUGUGGGGACCUGCCCCCAGGCCAGAGGAGCUGCUGUGAGGGAAGCCUGUGGAGGCGAGCGGACAGCGAGGGUGUCCAGUGACAGCUUUGUGCAGACAGCCCCCGCCUAGUGUGGCCUCCCGCGUCGCUGCAUCCAUUCCGCCAUGGGAAGGAGAAUGUGCAGUGGGGUCCCUGUCAGAGUUGGGCGGGGUCACUGCCCCCGGCACGGGAAGCAUUUUGGUGUCACCUGUAUGUAUGAUUGUGCUGCCUCACCAUUUCCAUGGGACAUGAUGAGGCUGUCCUUAAAGCACAGUAACCACAGGCUCAGCCUCUGGAUUUGUUUGGGAAAAAUUUUGUUUUUAAUUUCUAAGGUGAAUUGGGAUUUCUAUCUGGGGCAUCUCCAUAGAACAUGACCACCAGGGAAAAAGUUCACUGACUUCCUGAGGUAUCCAUGGUGUGCAUUUCUACCCACAGACAUUUUAGCAAAAGAAACCCCUUAACGUCAGCUCUGAACAUUCCAACCUGUCCCAGCGUGCACAGUGCGGCCACGCCGCUCAUGGGGGCCGCUGCAGGUGGUUCCCAGGCUCCCGGCUCAUGGACACCCAGCACGGGCAGAGGCAGCUCAGGAGCUAAGGGUGACCAAUCUCAUGAUUGUAAAAUGCGUGUGAGCAUUUUGAAGAGAAAAACCUACAAAUGGCCAAUGAAGGAGGUGAACAGACUAAGAUAUUUGGGGGGCGGGGCCUGGGUGGGGGCUCCCGGCCUCCAUGUCUGUGGAUGAAGGGGCUUUUGAAUGAGAUGCCUCUGUGCAUUCUCAGGAGAAAGUCCCUGAUGAACAGACUUUGAUGACGUUUGUUUCUCCUGAUUCUCUUUCUGACAGUACCUUACAGUGAGCGGGCAUUCAGAACUGUGAAUGUAUAUAGUUCCGGAGUUAAAUCCCUCUUGUGUGAGGUGCAGGACGCGGCCCUGCAGGGAAGGGAGGGCCAAGCGGUGGUGUCUGCUCCCCAGACAACUCUGGCUUUGCAGUGGAAUGAAUAAAUGUAAAGUCUCAGCACUCCA